AUGGCCACACUGCCGCGGCGAAAGCUAAGGCUUAUCGCCCUCCAGCUGGUUGCCGCCCUUUUCAUAUGCUACGUUCUGUAUGCCCGCCAUGGAGACCUGCCCAAGGCCCCUUUGUUGGAGUCGGCCCGGCUCGCGUCGUUCAUGAACACCGACCCGCCCAAGGUCACGCCGGUCAAGAGCAGUUUUGAUUGGAGCCACGUGAAGCUCGAGCACCUGCCCCUUACCAAGUCUUCAUCGAAACUCCAUGACAGCCCUAAGGUUACGUUCCCCCGGAUCCAGCACCGGUUCGAGACAGAGUCCCCAGCCGCUGCCGAGCAGCGGUUGUCGAGACGCGAGGCCGUUCGCCGCGUUUUCCAGCGAGACUGGGAACACUAUCGCCAACAUGCUUGGCUGAAGGAUGCUGUGAACCCCAUCUCAGGGAGCAGUAAGGACCAAUUCGCAGGCUGGGCCGCGAUGUUGGUGGACUCUCUAGACGCGCUGUGGAUUAUGGGGCUUCGAACCGAGUUCGAUGAAGCGGUUGCCGCCGUGGCAGGCAUCGAUUUUGGUCACGCUAGUUCCAGCCGCGUCAACAUGUUUGAGACGACGAUUCGCUAUCUCGGCGGCCUGCUUGCGGCCUACGACCUGAGUGGUCGCGAUGUAUUGCUCACGAAGGCUGUAGAGCUCGGCGACCUGCUUUACGCGGGUUUUAACACCCCGAACCAGAUGCCUGUCGACUUUAUCGACUUUGAGCGCGCCAAGUCUGGGAAGGGCCUCACGGUCGAGUCCUGGGUCGUAUCCGCCUCUCCUGGCUCGCUUUCCAUGGAAAUGACGCGCCUCUCACAGGUUACUGGCGACAUGAAGUACUUCGAUGCUGUGAUGGGCGUCAUGCGCGUUUUUGAGGAGCAACAGAGCCGCACACGUCUGCCGGGUCUGUGGCCGAUUUGGGUCUCGAUGAGGGACAAAGACGUCAGCGCACGGAGUGAGUUUACGCUCGGUGGUAGUGCUGAUUCACUGUUUGAGUAUUUACCUAAGAUGUAUGCUCUUACCGGCGGCUGGGAACCCAUGUACGGGACCAUGUCCAAGUCGUUCAUGGAAGCGGCCAACAAACACAUGAUCUUUCGGCCGAUGCUGCCGGAUGAGCAGGAUAUUCUCAUGUCAGGCAACGUGAAAGUGGACAGCAAUGGGGCCUCUUCCUUCGACCCCGAGACCGAGCACCUGACCUGUUUCAUUGGGGGGACAAUGGCACUGGGUGGGCGACUUUUUAACCAACCCCACGACGUUGAGACGGGUACCAAGCUGGCCAAGGGUUGCGGAUAUGCAUACCGUGCUUUCACAACCGGCAUCAUGCCCGAGAGGAUCGACAUGCUUCCCUGCGAUCCGCCGCGCGCAUCAGUAUGCAAAUGGGAUGAGGAUGUCUGGAUUCAGGAACGACAAAAGAGACCCGAGUACAAGGAGCAUCUUCCUAAAGGCUUCACAACCGCCAAGGAUCCCCGAUACCUGCUUCGGCCCGAAGCUAUUGAAAGCAUCUUCGUUAGCUACCGUAUCACCGGGGACCCUGAACUGCUCGAGAUGGCGUGGGAUAUGUUCAGAGCGGUCGACAAGGGCUCGGAAGCCCAGUAUGGGCACGCGUCGAUCAAGGAUGUGACCCAAGCAGUUGAUGAUUUACCGAAGGAGGACUACAUGGAGAGCUUCUGGCUCGCCGAAACGCUGAAAUACUUUUAUCUCAUAUUUUCCUCGCCGGACCUGAUUAGUCUUGACGAGUGGGUGCUUAAUACAGAAGCUCACCCAUUCAGGAUACCAGCUGACCAAGCCCCUGAGCACCAUCAACGACGGCACGCCCACCCCGACCCCAACACCGACCCCCAGCUUCCACGUAUCGUACUCAUCCCUGCGUGCUUCCGAUGCCUCUUCCUCCAGGUAAGUCCGGACGAUGUCCUCCUGCCCGGUGAACUGCUGCGAAGAGUCGCCCACGGCUGCGACAGAGGAGUACGGCCCGCCCUGCUGCUGUGCCUAUUCGGCUUCUGGCUGCGCGAUGCCGAUGAUGUUCAAGAUGUUGCGCGCGGCGCCGCUGCGGGCUUCGCCAGCGCUUAG